AUGAAACGAAAUCGACGGCCCGACCUUGCGAAUGACGACAAGCCAUCGAACGCAGCGAUCGCAUGCUGUUCACUUUUGAUCGUUUCAUUGACGAUCUGCGUCUUGGUCGGUUUCCACGUGGACUUUCUUGCGCGAGAAGAAGAGCAGCGCCAUUUUGAGCCCCAUACCCGUCCAGAGCCCCCGUCAGAACCCCCGCCGGAAGUUGUGAAAUUUUUGGGAGAGGCUGAUUUGCCACCCCCGGACUCCCUGCUGGGAACGAGAAUAUCUCUAAAUACCACGGCAACCGUCGGCCAAUACCUCCAUAUUCUGGGGAAUACCACCAAAAAUGCGACGUCCUUUUGCGUGAGGCUAGCUGAAGAUUAUGACGAUGACGAGAAUAUUGCUUGCAACGUUUGUGCGUAUUUUGGAGCAGACCCGAGAAUCGAGUACGGGGCAUAUCGGGAUGGGAAGCGCCUGUUUAGCGGAAAGGGUUUUAACCCGUUUACGCCAGGCGAACAAUUUGACCUUCGCAUCCGCUUCCUCCAAGACUACGUACAAAUUUUCGCGCAACGUGGAGAAAUCGGCAUUUUUGGCAAGCUGCCUGAGGUCCAUGAGGCAAAAAGUCUAAAAGUGAUUGGCGAUGCCACAAAUCUGCUGCUGAUACAAGUUGAGGGCGGAAGCUAUACGACGCCUUUCUAUCAGCGAAUCAAUUUCAAUUCCGGGCUGCGAAUCGAUAUGGUGUUGAAGCCGGUGCCGGAAGUGGACCCCUCCUUCUGGAAAUCACUGAUCGAAGGCCAACCAAUCGAAACUGGCCCAUCCCUCCGGAAGUCCGACAUACGUGGGUGGCCAUGGCACGGGUUAUGGACGCAGUACUAUGGGCGUAUAUUUGUAUUCGCCGGCGCAUGGAGGAUACUACCACCCGUCACCAAGCCACUCCGUCACAAGCCCCAAGGCUCACUUCUACUCCCCGGCCUCAUACUCCUACCG